UUGGUUUCUUAAUCCAAUCUUGUGAUGGUUGAGUGCAACAUAGGCGUGUCUUUGGUCAUUUCAUGAUUUGAUCAAUAAAAAAAGAUAAAAGAAGUACUACUAACCCGUAGAAGAAAAAGAAAAGAAAAAAACAGUGUGGCAUUACACAAAGCAAUAAAAACAUCGACAUAUUAUAUAAAUAUAACGCCUCAAAAAACCUUCAUCCAUUACACUCCACUCUCUUUGUUUGAGUUAUGGCUCUAUCAGAUGCAGUUGUUAGCAACCUUACAACAAUCUACGUGGCCGUGAUCGCCUGUAUUAAGCUCUACGGUUUUCUCUGUGCUCGUACCUUCACCGGCGUUUUUGUUGUCAUGAUAUCAACCACCGUGGUGGGUCUUAUCCUAAUGGCAACGCUGACGUGGGAUGUCUCUCGUAAAGCCACGUAUGCUUUCAACCGCCACCAUCCUCCACCGUUGAUUUGUAAGGGAGGUAUUUGUUGGCACGGCGUCGCCGUCCGAUCACCGGCUUCUCAGGUCCGUUUCAGAAUUCCACAACAGAUAUUUCCCAUUCCCAACGCCGCUUUCUAAUGAUAGUGAGAGGCUGAGAGCAAAAAUUACAUAUGAAAAUGACAUUAUUUAAUAACUUUCUAUUUUUAUUUUCAUAAUUAUUUUGUUAGUAGUUUUUUUUUUUCUUUUGGUAAUAUAAUAUAAUAUUAAGCUACCUAACCUUUGUCUAAUAUCGGGUACUAGAUGUGUGUUUGGGGUUCACAUUGAAAGUUCCCUAAUAUAUGUAUGUAUAUAAAUAAAUAUAAAUAUAUAUUAUUACUUUGUGAUACAUAGUUGUACUUGUAUAAGAUUUUUUUGUUUUUUUUUUUGUUUUUGCUAAAUGAAAUAGUAUAUGAUGUUGUACAUCUUAAUGUCAAUGACAAAACAGCAU